UCCCGGGAGAAAGUCAGAACGUAUAGUAUUUUUGUUGGAGUGUAGUUAUUAAUCGUUCGUUACGGAAAAAAGUAGUGGUGCUAAUUGCUUACAUGUCUCAUUGGUCCGUUGUUGUGAGAAAUCAAAAAAUCCUUUUAAUUUCUGUUCGGCAGAAGACGGAAAAGAAAAAUGUUUUAACUUUGAUUUGUUGGAAAAUGAGUUGUUAAUGGCAUCCAUGGAAUUAUUUCGGAAUGCUGUUUCGCCGGCUGGUAUACACAAAGUGAAAUCGAAAGCAUUUGCAGUGUUGAUUGAUGGUGUUCAUACUGACAUAGUGCUGAUAGUCUACAUAAACAAGCUCUUCGUCGUAUUAACACAGUACAAGAAGUGGGGAUCAUUCAUUACUGUAUGUAAGGAGGCAUCUCGGACAAUUAAUGGUGUAGCAGAUGUUUAUCAUGUUCGGACCAUUCAGGGUUGUGAAAAUGAAGACUGUGAAUUGAUGUGUCGCCAUAUUGCAGAGCGCACAUGUAUGCCUAAACCAGUGCUUUUUUCUGUAUCUUUGAAAAAUUAUGAUGUGAAAACUGUGAAACUUCUUAGAGAAAUCAUACUGAAGAACAAAAUCUGGUGACACUGUGGCUUGCUUUUAGGAAACAUGGCUGCGAUUUUUGGACAACUUGUUAUAGGACCUCCAGGGAGUGGAAAGACAACACACUGUCAGACAAUGGGCCAUUUCCUUAAGAGUAUUGGGAGGAAAGUUUCAAUUAUAAACAUAGAUCCAGCUAACGAUUCUCUGAUUUAUGAAGCAGCAGCUGAUGUAUCAGAGUUAGUUACCGUGGAUGAUGUGAUGACUAAUCUGCACCUAGGACCCAAUGGAGGACUGAUGUUUUGUAUGGAAUUUUUGGAGAAAAAUGUAGAUUGGUUACUAGAACAUGUGUGCCGCUUGAGAGAUUCUUACAUUUUAUUUGACUGUCCUGGGCAGGUUGAAUUAUACACUCAUCAUAAUUCAAUGAAAAAUAUUACAGAAAAACUAGAGAAAUAUGGUGUUCAUCUGUGUGCUGUUCAUCUUGUAGACUGUCAUUACUGUAAUGAUCCAGGGAAGUUUAUCUCAGCAUUGCUGCUCUCCUUGUCAGCAAUGUUGCAACUAGCGUUGCGCAGUUGGAGGUGA